AAAAUAUAAAAACGAAAAAAGGAAAGUGAUUUGGCAAAAACAUAUUUAUAAGGCUAUUUAUAAGGUGAGGGUGAUAUCAGGAUAUGCUCCGCAACAAAGUAGGAAGGAAGAGGAGAAGGAUAGGUUUUAUGAUGAUGUUUCUGACGAGAUUGGGCAAGCGGGGUUGAAUGAGUUUGUGGUGUUGUUGGGUGAUUUGAAUGGUCAUGUGGGGGCGGAUGCAGACGGAUAUGAAGGUGUACAUGGGGGAUGGGGAUAUGGUAUACGGAAUGAAGAAGGGCGUAGAGUGUUGGAGUUAGCGGAUGCACAUAGCAUGGUGGUGGGGAACACUUGGUUCACAAGGGAACCAGCGCGAUUGAUUACUUAUAGGUCAGGGAAACAUAGAUCGAUGAUAGACUAUAUAUUGGUAAGGGCCAAACAUAGGAAGUAUGUGAAGAAUGUGAAGGCGAUACCUGGUAUGUUGCAGCAUAGUAUGGUUGUGAUGGAUGUGACAUCAAAAGAAAUGGGGAGGAGGAAGAAGGAUAA